AUGAGUGCGAGUUCCCGGGAUCAGUUGCCGGCUUCGGCCGGCGCCCUUCUCUCUACUGAAGAGUGCUUCAUUCUGCUCGAUGUUGACAUCGAACAACUUUUAAACAACAACGAUGAUUUGCUUAAAACUUUCCCAAGCGCUGCACCGAAGACCGAGUACGAUAGCUACCAUCUUCACGACGACCUGUCGACCAGCUUGUACCCUCCGUCUCCCCCGGAGAUCAAGCCCAGUCGCGCUGAGCUUGCCAACGAUCUUCUGCAGCAGCUAGACAACAACUGCAAACAAGAGAACAUCUUCUCCAACUGGCUAGAAGAGAAAUCGGAGCUCCCCAUUUUUGAAAAUAUCUCGCAAGUUCCGGAGCGCGUAGAGCCACCAAUUCCCGUGUCUCUGCCCAUUGCGCCGACUUACUCCGCGCCCCAGCCUACUGAAGAUCUCCUUAGGGAAUUCGAAACGGUAUAUGGCGCCGUUGAGCUGACUCAUUUGACUCCACCUCAGAGUCCCCCCGGUCCUGCGACUCAACUGCUGCUAAGUUACGCCCAACAAGCACAAUGCACUACGUUUGCCCCCGCAUUGCCCCUCGUGCCACCACAAGAACAGUGGCCGGUGAUGCCCGCGCCCGUGCAGGUGCCGGACUCUGUGCCGCACUACGACUGCGGGUACGAGGACGUCGAGGAGCUCGUCCGUCACCGCGCCGCUCAGCUCGCCUCCCCGCAACACUCGGGCGGCAGCGCUAGCGUUUCUCCUCAAUCGUCGCCGCCAUCAUCACCGCGGUCUUCCUGCACCGACGAUGAGUGGUCGUCUUCAUCCCGGCCCAAACCCUACUCGCGCCCGUCUGACGACCGUCGCUCCCGCAAGAAGGAGCAAAAUAAAAACGCGGCGACGCGUUACCGUCAGAAGAAGAAGGCUGAAAUUGAAGACCUUCUUAACGAAGAACAACAGAUGCGUGAGCGGAACUCGAAACUCAGCGACAAAUGUUCCGACUUGCAGCGCGAAAUUCGUUACCUUAAAGGGUUAAUGCGCGACCUUUACAAGGCCAAAGGCCUUAUCAAAUAA